AAAAAAAAAAAAAAAAUUUACCAGCCCACCUCCACCCAAAAAAAAAAUCCCAUCCAACCCAACCCAACCCACUUGCAAAAGUUCCCCAAAAUCAGUAGAGUCCCCAUCCAACCCACCUGCAAACCUGCAAAACUCCUCUCUUAGGCAAGUCCCAUCCCCAAAUCUCCGGACAAGCAACGGUGCAACACACAGGCCUGCUCUUGGUCUAAUCCUUCCAUCAAAUCUCUCUCUAGACUCUAGUCUCUAUAGGGAUGGUGGUGCUGAACCCAAUGCAGAGAUUGAAGUCUUCGGGUGUUGUUGCGGGGUUUAUAGCAAAAGAUGAGGACAAUGACUGUGUGGUUUUGGAUGGUGAUCCUGAUAAACCAGUGGCAAUAGAAAACGAUUCAGGGGCUGAUUCAGAUGAUUUGCUCGGUCUGCGUGGGGGCGUGAAGCGAGAGAAAAUUUUCACUAACAAGGUACAACUUUCGCUUUACGUUCUUCAUUACAUCUCAUUUCUUUGCCUUCUGGGUUCUAUUGUUAUUGUGUGUGUCGGAUUUUGCUUUUUGGGUAGCCAUAAUAUUGAGCAUUCAUUGAUCUGUAUGGUUCACUGUUCAAUAUAUUACAUGGGCUUUGUCUAA